ACUCCCAUGGUGCUUUGCUGGCGGGCGGCCGGGCCGGCUUCCGGUGGCGCGUGGUUUCCGGAGCGGAUCGGAACCUGGAGUCCGGAUUCGAUCCGGGUCGGAACAUUCCAAAAGCAGGUUUCAGAAAUGGCAGAGGAUGGCAGCGAUGAGACCAUGUUUAUUUGGUGCGAAGAUUGUGGUCAGUACCAUGAUUCGGAGUGUCCUGAGCUGGGCCCAGUGGUGACAGUCAAAGACUCCUUUGUGUUGAGCAGGGCAAGGUCAUCCCUUCCUUCCAAUCUGGAGAUCAGACAACUAGAAGAUGGGACUGAAGGAGUAUUUGCAGUGACGCAGCUUGUCAAACGUACCCAGUUUGGUCCAUUUGAAUCCAAGAGAGUUGCCAAACUGGAAAAGGAGUCAGCAUUUCCACUGAAGGUUUUCCAGAAGGACGGGCCCCUGGUUUAUUUUGAUACCUCUAACGAAGAUGACUGCAAUUGGAUGAUGAUGGUGAGAGCAGCCACUGAAUAUGAACACCAGAACCUGACUGCCUUCCAGCAUGACAGUGAUAUUUACUUCACCACCUCCCGGGACAUCCCACCAGGAACUGAGCUGCGAGUGUGGUAUGCAGCUUUUUACGCCAAAAAAAUGGAAAAGCCAGUGCUGAAGCAGGUCACUAGUAUUGCCAAUGUGAGCGCUCCAGAGAGUAGUGGGCCCCUUGAAGCGGAGUCCAGCCAGUGGACGUGUAAAGUGUGUUCAUCUGUUUUCCCGGAACCUCAGCUACUGACAGAACAUCUGUUGAGUCACCUGGAACAAGCCAAAGGAGUCCCCCAGACAAGCCAAAAUGAUGCAGCUCCAGAGAAGCCUGCAGAGGCUCCCAUUGCUGAUCAGCCUGUAACUGGCGAAGGUGCUGGUGCCAAUGUAGACUCCAGGAGGACUCCACGAAGGGGAAGAAAGCCCAAAGCAGCAAAAGCAGAAAUACCUCUUGUUGUCGCUGAAGAUAAAGACCCAGCAGUGGAUCGAGUAGCUGAAAUUAUAACAGAGAUCCCACCUGAUGAGGCAGCCCUUCCCUCUGCAGCGGAAGAAAGGAUUAUGGAACUGGUUUUAGGAAAGCUGCCAAGCACCACAAACAACAUCAGUUCAGUAACAAAUAGGUUUGCUCAUCACCAAAACACCAUGUCCCUCAAAAGAAGUUUAAUUCUCUCCAGUAGACAUGGAAUACGUCGAAAGCUGAUAAAGCAACUUGGGGAACACAAACGGGUAUAUCAGUGCAACAUCUGCAGUAAGAUCUUCCAGAACAGCAGCAACCUCAGCAGGCACAUCCGGUCUCAUGGUGACAAACUGUUUAAAUGUGAGGAAUGUGCAAAGCUGUUCAGCCGUAAAGAGAGCUUGAAGCAGCAUGUUUCAUAUAAACACAGCAGGAAUGAGGUCGACAGUGACUACAGGUACAAGUGUACUACCUGUGAAAAGGCCUUUCGGAUAGAAAGUGCAUUGGAAUUCCACAACUGCAGAACAGAUGACAAGACAUUCCAGUGUGAGAUGUGUUUCAGGUUCUUUUCCACGAAUAGUAACCUCUCAAAACACAAAAAGAAACACGGAGAUAAGAAAUUUGCAUGUGAAAUCUGCAAUAAGAUGUUCUACCGGAAGGACGUCAUGUUGGAUCAUCAAAGGAGACACUUGGAAGGGGUGAGGCGUGUGAAAAGAGAAGACUUUGAGCACAGCACGGAGAACAUGGUGCGCUACAAGAAGGAACCCUCGGGAUGCCCUGUGUGUGGGAAGGUAUUUUCAUGCAGAAGCAAUAUGAACAAACACCUCCUGACACACGGAGACAAGAAAUACACCUGUGAAAUCUGUGGACGUAAAUUUUUCAGAGUGGAUGUUCUUAGAGAUCAUAUUCACGUCCAUUUUAAGGACAUUGCACUAAUGGAUGACCACCAGAGGGAAGAGUUCAUUGGUAAAAUUGGAAUCUCAUCAGAGGAAAACGAUGACAACUCUGAUGAAAGUGGAGAUUCUGAGCCUCACAAGUAUAGCUGCAAAAGGUGCCAGUUAACCUUUGGCAGAGGGAAGGAGUACCUAAAACACAUAAUGGAGGUUCACAAGGAGAAAGGCUAUGGCUGUAGCAUCUGUAAUCGACGAUUCGCCUUGAAGGCAACUUACCAUGCUCACAUGGUCAUUCACCGGGAGAAUCUGCCUGAUCCAAAUGUGCAGAAAUAUAUCCACCCAUGUGAAAUUUGUGGAAGGAUUUUUAACAGCAUCGGGAAUUUGGAACGACAUAAGCUUAUACACACAGGUGUAAAAAGUCAUGCGUGUGAGCAGUGUGGAAAGUCAUUUGCCAGAAAGGACAUGUUAAAAGAGCACAUGAGAGUCCACGAUAACAUCCGAGAAUAUCUGUGUGCGGAAUGUGGUAAAGGAAUGAAGACAAAACAUGCUCUGCGUCACCACAUGAAACUCCACAAAGGGAUCAAGGAAUAUGAAUGCAAGGAAUGCCAUCGUAAAUUCGCACAGAAGGUCAACAUGCUGAAGCACUACAAAAGGCACACAGGGAUCAAAGAUUUUAUGUGUGAGCUCUGUGGGAAGACAUUUAGUGAGAGAAACACAAUGGAGACCCAUAAACUGAUUCAUACAGUGGGGAAACAGUGGACGUGUUCAGUCUGUGAUAAAAAAUACGUAACCGAUUACAUGCUUCAGAAGCACAUCCAGCUAACUCACGAUAAGGUAGAAGCUCAGAGUUGUCAGCUCUGUGGGACAAAGGUUUCUACCAGAGCUUCAAUGAGUCGACACAUGAGGCGCAAACAUCCCGAGGUUCUUUCGGUUAGAAUUGAUGAUUUAGAGCAGCUCCCAGAAGCUACCACCAUUGAUGCCUCCUCUAUUGGGAUUGUUCAGCCUGAGUUAACCCUGGAACAGGGAGAGUUACCCGAAGGCAAGCAUAUGAAAACUAAACGUGGCCAUAAGCGAAAGCAGAAGCCGGGUGAAGAGGAGGAAGUACAAGUGCCUGAGGAUCCUGCCUUCAAUGAAUACACAGAGAAAGAAGCUGAAUUCACAGGGAAUGUGGGAGAUGAAACCAAUUCAGCUGUACAGAGUAUUCAGCAGGUGGUGGUGACCCUUGGCGACCCAAACGUCACAACCCCUUCUAGUUCUGUUGGGUUGACAAAUAUUACCGUCACCCCAAUUACCACGGCAGCUGGAACCCAAUUUACAAACCUCCAGCCAGUGGCUGUGGGCCACCUCACUGCUCCUGAACGCCAGUUACAACUCGACAAUUCAAUCCUUACUGUGACGUUUGAUACUGUUAGUGGUUCUGCCAUGCUGCACAAUCGCCAAAACGAUAUUCAGAUACAGCCACAGCCAGAGGCAGCCAAUCCUCAGUCUGUGGCCCAUUUUAUAAACCUGACAACCCUGGUGAACUCCAUUGCUCCUCUAGGGAAUCAGAUCGCAGAGCAGCAUCCAUUGACAUGGAGGGCAGUGCCUCAGACCGAUGUCCUGCCGCCCCAGUCGCAGCAAACACAACAGCAGUCAGGACAGCAGCAAGUUCAAACAGAGCAGCAACAGCAGAUGUACAGCUACUGAUUUAUACUUGAAAAGUCUUGAAAUGGACUGGACUAUGAGACAAUUUUUAAAAAAGUGGAAAACUAUAAGUGAAUUGUUUGCUGGAUACCAAACAGAGAUGGAAAAAUGUUUAUACAAUGAAAUGUAAACUAAAAUUGGCAUAGCACCCUGCAACACUGUGGUCUUGAAAUUCACACACUAUUUCUAAACGCAGCACCAUCUAGAAGUAUCAUUCUAAAUUCAGCACCCCAGUGUGGUGGUGUGUUUUGUGCAAUGGUGGUUCUGGGUUUUGACAAGAGCAUCACAAUAGACCGUACACAAAGAGGGGAAAUCACAAAAAGUAAAUAUGACUAACCCCUCAGCCAUACAACUCAAUUGUUUUCCAAUCUGGAGGGAAUGUAUACACUGAGCUGGGGUUCACUGGUUGUCAUCUUCUAGAGACUGAAAAGUAAAGAUAUAAUUGAGCCCCCAAAAAAGGAUUGUCUUGCUUUUUCCAUCCUUAGAAGGUCUUGUAUCUCUGGUAAAGUAAAGGUGAGGGUUUGGGGCUGGAAGUGGGGGAAAGUCUAUGGGGUAAAAGAAAAUGUACCCAAUUUCACAAAGUAUUUCCAUUGUGGUGAUGGAAAAAUCUUUUAUCCGUAAAACAUGUCAGUGCUACCUGAAGCAAAUAGCCAGUCUAAUGUUAAAACAACUUUACUAGAAGACCAUAAAAGUUGUUUGAAUCAAACUGGUUAUGAGCUGAAACCAUAAUGUGAUAAAAUUGUAUGUAAUUUUGUCAAAAUUGCUCUUUCAAUAUUGCUUUUAGCUAGGAGGCCUGAAGAGCAAUCAGUCCCCUUUGAUCAAGUUCAGGAUGUGAAUUUACCAAUUAGUCUUCUUUCAUCAUGUAAUAAACAUUUGAGAGAGUAAUUUUUUAUAUAGCCUCUGUAUUUCACUGUGUGUUCUUGGUGGAUAUUUAUGUAUUAACGGCUGGUCUGACUUGGUUUCAUGUAUCUUUUCAUCUCCUUAUUCUUCUGCAUGGCAGAACUAGUGUGUGGAUUCUGCUUGUAGAACUUCCAAAUCUCAUAGCCACACACGGGCUGUCAUGAAGUCAUAAAGUGCAAUGUCUAACAUUCAUGUAGACUGCCACAAGGAGGCAGUCUGAGCCAAUGGAUAUAGGCUUGCCUGGAUAUACAGGAAAUGAAGUACAGAUAGACCCAUCUAUGCUGAGACUGCCAUUUCCAAUGCCUGAUAAGCUGUAUCCUCCGUAUCUUCUGUUUGUGCCAGUGCGCAGUCUGGAUUGUUGCAUAUCAAAAUGACGAUGAUAUCCUCCCACGCAAAGGACAAAGCACCACUGUUGUCAAAGAGCAGUGAACAGUAAAAGUUGCUCUCUGCCACUGGACACCUGAAAGGCAAAUUUUCCAAACCAGCAAUGGAUGAAGAAAAAGUUCCUUUGCUGCAUUACAAACAGGCACUCAAACUUGCUAAGAGGGAUAUUCCUUGAUACGGCAAUUGCUGCACUUCACAAUGGAGACAGACUGAUGUUAAUGAAAAGCCUAUCUGUGCCUAACACAUUAAUGAAAAUGUUCAAUUUGUAAACAAAAAUGUGAUGAGGAAUGAGUUAAACUUGAAAGUGUGUGUCAGCAAGAUCUACCUCACCCUUAGAGAAUGAAUUAUAAUAUCCGCAGAAGAAGAAUUCUACUUAGAAACAAAAACAGAUCCCUCAGAAGUAUGAAUGCCUGCAAAUGAACAGUUAAGGGAUAUGCAACCACUUUGCUCAUUAUUAAUUAUUUGUAUUGUAGCAUUGUCUAGAGGCCUGAAAUAGGAGUGGGACCCUAUCGUGCCAAGCUCUGUACAAGCAUUCAACAAAGAGAGUCCCUGCCCCACAACAAAAAUAAAAAGUCAGAACCAUAUAUUCUAUUGCCCCAUGCAAAUUACACCUUCCCACGCAACUUAAAUUAUGCGCCCUUGUUGUGGUGUGAAAUAACAACAGUGUUAGCGAGAUAAGGAGAAAAUAACAUUCUCGUUAAUUAGAACUAAAGAUUUCAAAACUAACAAAGCCUGCAACUUGGCAGGGUGUUAGACUAGAUCAGCAUUUCUCAAAUGCAGUCACGGCCUCCUGGGCAAUGAUUUGGGGGAAGGGGCAAAGCAGCAGCCUCUCUCCCCCAGCAGGGGUUGGGUCCUUUCCUCCUCUGCAGAGCAGAUGCUGGAGGAGCACAGGCAGCUAGUGAGUUUCCCCACCUUCAGUGGGGUCAGGUUUCAGCCCGGGAGUGGAUGACAGCAGGCUCCAGCUGUGGCCCCGGCUGCAGUGCUUCAGGCUCCGUCUCUGGGCCCCAUCCCCUCAGUGCGGGGCGUCGGGCUCCAUCCCCCAGCCGCAUGAUGACAGGCUGCAGCCCCAGGCUCAGCACCCCUCCCUCAUCACCCUUGUGACCCACUGCCCUUCUCUGGCUCAGGGCUUCAGCCGCACCGUGGCAGGCUCCAGCCCUGAGCUCAUCCCCCAUCACCCCUGGCCUCCGUUGCCUCCUCCAGCCCUAGGCUUCAGCCACGUAGCAGUUGUCGGACACUGGCCCCUGCUGCCUUCCUAUCCACCUCCCCAUCCAGGGCUUAAUUUGUCCUCAGGCUUACCAGGGCUGAAUAAGUCUGCAGUGAAAGUGAUACACCUCUACCCUGAUAUAACCGCAACCUGAUAUAACACGAAUUCAGAUAUAACGCAGUAAAG